AUGGAAUGGCAAAUCGCAAAAAGCAAGGCACUAGAAUACUAUCGACAGGAGAAGUACUUUAAAUGCAUCGAAAACGCCAAAAUAUGGCUGCUUUGGAGUAAACAUGUUGGUAAUAAACAUGAAGAAAUAGACGCGUGUAAAAUUUUAGGCUGGUCAUAUUACUAUCUGGAAAACUACGAAGAAAGCAUUAAAUUCGGGAAAGAAGAGUUCAGAGUAGCAAGAGAAGAGUCAGUUAAAGAAGCACAAUUGGAUGCGUACCUUGUUUUUGCCUCGUCAUAUAAAAAACUUACACCAGAAAAAAGAUCAAAGGAGACGAGUCUUUAUAAAUAUGCGUCACAUCCAGGUAUUGAAGAGCGUUUCAGUACACUUAGGUUUGCUGUAAAUUGUCUUGCCGUGUACUCAGACCUGUUUCUGCCAAAUGUUAGUCAGCUGAUCAUUGUAUUGUACAGGUGGGGGGAUAUAGAAGGCAUCGGCAGUAAGCUACGUAUCAGCUGAAGUGUAAGUGUAAGACUAGACAUUGUUCAUUUAGCUAACCGUUAAAUGCGAGCUCACAGAUCCGCCUCAGUACUCAUUCCCUCCCCCUCCCACCCCCGUUCAAAUACAGUGUAUGGGAAAACAUAUUUAAACAUUUUUCUUGUAUCUGUAUGUUCGUGUAUCCGCUACCCAGGUUUGCACCAGAGCAGUAGUGAGGAAAAUUCACAAGGACAAGCAUCAGGCAGGAGCCUUAAACGGGGUACCUCAAUCAGUAUGGCCUCUGAUUCAGCCCCACUGACAUUAACACCAGCUCAAGAAAAAGAAGGUAAUAAAAGCCAAGAACAAGCAGCGAAAGCCGAAAGAAUUUUACUCGAGAGCACAGGUAACAAGAUUUUUUAAAAAUCGUUACACGCUAAGAAGAUUUUAACUUGUUUUGUUUGUUUCAAGGGAAGUAUUCUUUGUUUGUUUGUUUUUUAUCCAUAUUACGUUUUGGCCUGUCUGGACCUGCCUCGACUGACUUCUCCGCUUAGAACGAAUAGUAAUAUAACUGUCAGGCGAUUUGGUAGCAAAGUCGGUGGGCGACCUUGCAGCUAGCUGUUAAAAGACCUCACGGGAUUGGCUGAGAAAACAAUGACAACAAAGUUUACUCUAGAAUUAACCCAGCCCGAAAACAAAAGAGCAGGGACCAUAAGGGUCCUAUUAAAUCAAAGGUUCUGAAGUCCUGCGAGGCUACUGAAUUUAGAAUUUUGUUUUGGACUGAAAGGCUCUUUUACACGCGGCAGUGUUGUUAUAUAUAACUAUAAAGUAUAAAGCCAGGUUCUUGUCGUUUACAGAGUAGCGUCCGUCGCGGCAUAUAAAUCACGUACUAUGUUUUUUGACAGGUGAGAGUACAGUGAACGUAAAAUGGCGGAGACUAGCUUUCGAAAACAAGGCGCAGGACACUGAUACAAGUCGGGAACAUGCACAAAGCCGAAGACCUACUCCAUAUAACCGGAGAGGUAAUGGGACUACACCUAUAUUAGCGACUUGAAUUUCGCAUAUUGUAUUCAGCACAUUUAGAAUUAAAUUUCUGACACGUGACGAAGGAAUACACUCAUGCCACAAGCAAAUAUAUAGAAUGUCUAGUAAGAUAGGCACCACCAUAGUCGAUUAAGUUUAAGUAUCGUUAGUUGGGAAAAACAAAAGGAAAAGAAUCCGCAUGACUUGGCUUUAUUGGCCACACUGCAUUACAGUCUAUGAAAAGUUACUUUAAAUGAAUAAGGUGAUUCAUAUUUUUAGUGUUAUUAAUUUUUAAUUUGAUGCUUUUACAAAAUAUAUGUUGCACUUGACGCUCAACUUCGCACUUGCUCUUGCUGGCUGAAAAAAAUAAAGCAAAACAAAAAAAUGUUUAAGUGACGUAACUUCUUCAAUGUAUGUGUAUUCAUGGUUCACAAUCAAGGAUUGCAGCAGUUCGCGUUUGAGGGAGUCCACUUCAAUCACAAUACACAACGGUUUUUCAGCACAUAACGAUUCGUAGACAACAUAAAUGUUGGAUCACGGGGUCACAAAAAUAAGUUCCCCCCACUCCCUGUUCAAAUACAGCGUAUCGGCAAACAUAUUUAAACAGUUUUCUUGUAUUUAUAUAAAUGUUCGUGUAUGUACCCAGGUUUCCACCAGAGCAGUAGUAAGGCAAAUUCACAAGGACAAGUAUCAGGCUGGAGCCUUAAUCAGGGUACCUCAAUUAUGGCUCCUGCUUCAGCCCAACUAUCAUUAACACCAGCUCAGGAAAAUGAAGAUAAUAAAAGCCAAGAACAAGCAGCCAAAGCCGAAAGAUUUUUAUUUGAGAGCACAGGUAACAAGAUUUAUUAGAAACCGUUUACCCGAUGAGAAAAUUUUAACAUUUUUUGUUUGUUUAAAGGAAGUAUUGUUUGUUUGUCUUUUUUAUCAAUAUUACGUUUUGGCUUUGGUGGGUGCAUUCAGCUGAACUUUCAGGGCGUUCCUUCUUCUGGAUGCAAGAUCCUACAAAUUGCCAUUAACAUUAGGAGUGAAGUGCAUAUCUGUUAAGAGGUUUCCAGUGUGAGGUAUAAUCGAUCAAAUGCGAGACAAAAGCCCAACCUUUUUAAGUUUUUCACGCUGGUUCAAGGAGCAGAACCUGAUCCAGGAUUCAGUGAUACAUUAUUUGCGAGUACUCGAACCGGGGCACCUAGAAGUAGAUUAUGCAAUCACAACGUUUUUUGAAAACAAAAGAUUCUCAAGGUCUUUUGCAAACGGACCAAUAACUUUUAAAAUUUUGAGGCCUGGUUCUUGUGUGGCGAGGUAAGUUCAAACGGUCAAAUAUUAAACUUUUCAACGGUCCUAUUAAGGCUGAACCUUGAAUUUUCGCGGUCCUUUCCAAAAACAAUUGAGAAUCUCUUGUUUUCAAAAAAACGUUGGGAUUAGAUAAUCUUUUCCAAGUGACCCGGUUCAAGUAGUCGCACUGUAAAUUUGCGGCUUGGGUGCUGGCUUGCAACUGGCCUCGAUGAACCUAACUUUCACUUGAUGAGUUGCGCUUUUACCAGCCUCCAAAGACUGACGGCCAACCUGUUUAACCGACGCUCGCCGCUUUCUUGAGAAAUAUCUAGGACUGAAUCAGAGUCAAAAUUAGUUUUAUAUCUCUGUCUGAACCUGCUUCGACUGACUUCUCCGCUUAGAACGAAUAGCAACUGUCAGGCGAUUUGGUGGCAAAGUCUGGGGGCGACCUGCAGCUGUUAAAAGACCUCACGGGAUUGGCUGAGAAAACAAUGACAACAAAGUUUACAAUAGAACCUGGCUCGAAAACGAAAGAGCUGCGACCAUAAAGCUCCUAUUAAAUCAUAGGUUCUGAAGUCCUGCUAGGCUUCUGAAUUUAGAACGUUGUUUUGGACUGAAAGGCUCUUUUACACUGGGCGGUGUUGUUAUAUAUAUAAAGUAUAAAGUCAGGUUCUUGUCGUUUACAGAGUAACGUCCCUCGCGGCAUAUAAAUCAGGUACGUUUUUUUGACAGGUGAGAGUACAGUGAACGUAAAAUGGCGGAGACUAGCUUUCGAAAACAAGGCAAAGGACACUGAUACAAGUCGGGAACAUGCACAAAACCGAAGACCUGCUCCAUAUAACCGGAGAGGUAAUGGGACUACACCUAUAUUAGGGACUUGAAUUUGCGUUUAUGUAUUCAGCAUAUUUAGAAUUAAAUUUCUUACACUUGACGAAGGAAUACACUCAUGCCACAAUCAAAUAUAUAGAACUUCUUGUAAGAUAGGCACCAUUAUAGUGGAUUAAGUUGAAGUAUCGUUAGUUGGGAAAAACAAAAGGAAAAGAAUUCGCAUGACUUGGCUUUAUUGACCACAAUGCAUUACAGUCUAUAAAAGUUACUUUAAAUGAAUGAGAUAUUCAUAUUUUUAGUCUUAUUUUUAAUUUGAUGCCUUUACAAAAUAUAUGUUGCGCUUGACGCUCAACCUUGCGCUUGCUCUUGCUGGCUGAAAAAAUAGAGCAAAACAAAAAACUUUUUAAAUGACUUAAUAAUUCUUCAAUGUAUGUUAUUGACGAUCAAGUCAUAAUCAAGGAUUGUAGCAGUUCGCGUUUCAGGGAGUCUGCAUCAACCACAAUACACAACGGUUUUUCUGCACACCACGAUUCAUAGACAAUAAAAAUCUUAGAUCACGGGGUCACAAAAAUAAGUCCCCCCCGCCCCUUCCCCUCCCCUCCCCCCCACUCCCCCCCACUGCCUGUUAAAAUACAGCGUAUGGGCAAACAUAUUUAAGCAUUUUUCUUGUUUCUAUAUGUUUGUCUAUCUACCCAGGUUUGCACCAGAGUAGCAGUAAGGAAAAUUCACAAGGACAAGCAUCAGGCAGGAGCCUUCAUCGGGGUACCUCAAUUAUACCCCCUGCUUCAGCUCAACUAACAUUAACACCAGCUCAAGAAAAAGGAGAUAACAACAGCCAAGAACAAGCAGCCAAAGCCGAAAUUGAAAGCACAGGUAACAAGAUUUAUUAAGAACCGUUUACCAGCUAAGAAUAUUUUUACUUUUUUUGUUUGUUUUAAGGAAAGUAUUGUUUGCUCGUUGUUUUUUAUCCAUGUUACGUUUUGGCUUUUGUGGCUGAAUUCAGCUGAACUUUCAGGGCGUUCCUUUUUCUGGAUGCAAGAUCGUACAAAUUGCCAUUAACAUUAUGAGUGAAGUGUAUACCUGUUAAGAGGUUUCCAAUGUGAGAUAUAUUCGAUCAAAUGCGAGACAAAAGCCCAAGCCUUCUUAAGUUUUCACGCUGGUUCAAGGAGCAGAACCUGACCCAGUAUUCAGUGAGACAUUGUUUGCCAGAAGUAUUUCAGUGCGAGUAUUCGAACCGGGGCAGCUGGAAGUAGAUUAUCCAAUCACAACGUUUUUCAAAAACAAAAUAUUCUCAAGGUUUUUUGCAAACGGAUCAAUUACAUUAAAAAUUUUGAGGCCUGCCUCCUGAGAGGCGGGGUAAGUUAAAACGGUUAAAUAUUAAGCCUUUCAACGGUCCGAUAGCUGAACCUCGAAUUUUAGUAGUCCUUUGCAAUAAAUAAAUAAAUAAAUAAAUAAUAAAAAAAUAAUUAUGAGAAUCCCCUGUUUUCAAAAAAAAAAACGUUAGGAUUAGAUCAUCUUUUCCAAGUGACCCGGUUCAAGUGGUCGCACUGUAAAUUUGCGGCUUGGGUGCUGGCUUGCAACUUGAUCAACCUAACUUUCCCUUGAUGAGUUGCGCUUUUACCAGCCUCCAAAGACUGAAGGCCAACCUGUUUAACCGACGCUCGCCACUUUCUUGACAAAUAUCUUGGACUGAAUCAGUAUCAAAAUUAACUUUAUAGCUCUGUCUGGACCUGCCUCGAGUCUUCUCCGCUUAGAACGAAUAGCAACCGUUAGGCGAUUUGGUAACAAAAUUAGGGGGCGACCUUGCAGUUGUUAAAAGAUCUCACGGGAUUGGCUGAGAAAACAAUGGCAACAAAGUUUACAAUAGAACCUAGCCCAAAAACAAAAGGGCUGGGACCAUAAAGGUUCUAUUAAAUCAGAAGUUCUGAAGUCCUCCGAGGCUUCUGAAUUUAGAAUGUUGUUUUGGACUGAAAGGCUCUUUUACACCGGGCAGUGUUGUUAUAUAUAUAAAGUAUAAAGUCAGGUUUUUGUCCUUUACAGAGUAACGUCUUACAGUUGCACUGUAGCAAUUUGGAAUAAUCAUCGCUUUUUGUUAUACCCGUAGCAAUUUGUAAUAAAUCCAUCGUACCUUGUAAUGCCUGUUGCAAUUUGUAAUAGACCAUGUCACACUUUGUAAUAAAAAAGCUGUCCCAAUUUGUGAUAACUGUCCAUCGCACUUUGUAAUAAACUAAGCCGUCGCAAUUUGUACUAAUUCCGUCGCAGUUUGUUAUAGACCGAAAUUUUUUUCUUUGGUCAAACAUGCAUGUCUUCCGUUAUAAAUUUUUCUGCCUUGAUCAAUCACGUGACCAACGAGAAUCGCUUUUAUGGAAGACAUGAAACUUUAACUUGUUGGCUUUGUGUCUUUGGUUUGAUCCUUAGAUAUGGUAACUCAAGUAGUAAUGGAUGGUUUAUUAUCCUUUCCAUUUUAUGGCAAAAAGUAAUCCUGAACACACUCGGAAGAAUUGCAAGGUCUUACGAGUUGUCCAUAGAAAAAAAUUGUUUUAAGAUAGAAUGAGGACUUCCUUUGUUCAAAUCAAGAGAGAAUAAUGGACCAAAUGACCAGCCGGCUCUGUAUGACCCCAAAAGUGUUAAAUAUGGAAACAACUAUAAUUACUUCUUUUAAGAUUGCGCGUUCAAGGACGGUGUAGUGUCGACCUGCUAUAUAAGAUCUAAAAAGAAAAGCUUGAACUUUCAUGGUGUCCUUAUUCGAAUUAUGUAAGGAUGGAUGUUACGAUUUGCGCAAAUUAAGUGCAUUUUAAUAGUGGCUAGUUUGUGUCUAGUGUGUCUAGAUUCUGUUCUCUGACAGUGCUCUGUCCAGUGGCACAUCUCCAUAUUGGCCAUCUAAGGGAGUAUGCCCUCGCCCGGGUAACCAUUGCACGCAAACCACUUAGUACAAUAGCAAGGUUUAAGAACACAGAAGUUUGUAAGUUAGACAACUAAUCAACAUUGAUUUAAAAAAAUAUUUAGAACUAUGAAUAAAGUUAAAUGGCUUGAAUGAACGGAGAUACUUUGUAAAUGAUAUAUGUAAGUAAUUUUGUAAGUUGCCUGUUUGCAGACGUCAUCAUCUUUGUUAAGUUUAUGAAGUACCGUUCAUAUUCUGGCAUCACAUUAAUGUUGACGAAGUAUUAGUUGAAUCACUCUCAAAAAAUUAUUACAAAAUGCGAUGGAAUUAUUACAAAUUGCGACAGCUUAGUUUAUUACAAAGUGCGAUGGGCAGUUAUUACAAGUUGCGACAGCUUUUUGAUUACAAAGUGCGACACGAUUUUUUACAAAUUGCGGCAGGUAUUACAAAUUGCGACAGAACGUCCCCCGCAGCAUAUAAAUCACGUACGUUUCUUGACAGGUGAGAGUACAGUAAACGUAAAAUGGCGGAGACUAGCUUUCGAAAACAAGGCGCAGGACGCUGAUACAAGUCGGGAACAUGCACAAAACCGAAGACCUGCUCCAUAUAACCGGAGAGGUAAUGGGACUACACCUAUAUUAGCGACUUGAAUUUCGGUUAAUGUCUUCAGCAUAUUUAGAAUUAAAUUUCUAUACGUGACGAAGGAAUACACUCAUGCCACAAGCAAAUAUAUAGAACGUUUAGUAAGAUAGGCACCAUUAUAUUCGAUUAAGUUUAAGUAUCGUUAGUUUGGAAAAACAAAAGGAAAAGAAUCCGCAUGACUUGGCUUUAUUGACCACAAUGCAUUACAGUCUAUAAAAAUUUACUUUAAAUGAAUGAGAUAUUCAUAUUUUUAGUCUUAUUAAUUUUUAAUUUGAUCCCUUUACAAACUAUUUGUUGCACUUGACGCUCAACUUCGCGCUUGCCCUUGCUAGCUUUAAAAAAAAGCAAAAAAUUUUAAAAAGUAUUUAUUAAAAGUGAUUUAUUUCUUCGAGGUAUGUGUAUUCACGAUUCACAAUCAAGGAUUGUAGUAGUUCGCGUUUGAGGGAGUCCACUUCAAUCACAAUACACAACGGUUUUUCAGCACAUCACGAUUCAUAGACAACAAAAAUGUUGGAUCACGGGGUCACAAAAAUAUUUUUCCCCCACUCCCUGUUCAAAUACAGCGUAUGGGCAAACAUAUUUAAACAUUUUUCUUGCAUUUAUAUGUUCGUGUAUCUACCCAGGUUUGCACCUGAGCAGUAGUAAGGAAAAUUCACAAGGACAUGCAUCAGGCUGGAGCCUUAAUCGGGUCAUCUCAAUUAUACCCCCUGCUUCAGCCCAACUAACAUUAACACCAGCUAAAAGCCAAGAACAAGCAGCGAAAGCCGAAAGAUUUUUAUUUGAGAGCACAGGUAAAAAGAUUUAUUAA